AUGAUCGUGGCUCGGGCCGUGUGGUACUCUCCUCGUGACUGUGGGCUCCGCACUGGCCUCCCUCGUCCAGUCUUGUCAUCCUCCCCGUGGAGCCCUUCCCCACGCCCCGUGAGCACCAGAUCUAAGUCUCUUGGCUGGUUCCCAAGCUCUGUGAGACAGGCCUCGUAUGGAACCUGGAAAACCAGGAGCCCUUCCCGGAAACAGGCCCACUUUUCCUUCAAGCUCUGUGUCCUCUCUUCCAAUCGGUGCAGCCCCAGGCUCCGUGCGGGGCCUGGAGCUGCAGCACCACUCUGCCUUUCAGACCCCUUCUACUGGAUCAGCCCCGGAGUGCUGGUUCUCAUCGCGGUCCUCCCCGUGCUGCUCCUGCAGAUCACCGUGGGCCUCGUCUACCUCUGCCUGCAGCACAGACUGAGAGGAAAACUUCGAGCAGAGAUAGAGAACCUGCACCGGACGUUUGACCCCCACUUCCUGAGGGUGCCCUGCUGGAAGAUAACCCUGUUUGUGCUGGUUCCGGUGCUCGGACCCCUGCUUGCCUUGGUCAUCUGCUAUGAGUGGCUGCAUGGAAGGCUCGCAGGGCAAUUUCUUGAAGAGCUAAGAAACCCCUUCUGAGUGAUGCUGCAUCUUGGCAAGGAUGGAGGACAGCCUGGCUGGUCCAAGCACUGACCCUCAGGGUGGGGCGUCCCCCUCACUGGCCUCCUCACCACCAGGACGUCCAACCUGCAUUUCCAGGAAUGCUCUGAAUCCCAAAUGGGACUGAGUCCUCUUCUGUCAUCCACCCUCCCUCCUUCUGUCAUCCACCCUCCCUCUUCCCCGUUUGGCUACCCACAUCUGUCCUCUCUCCUCGCUCCAUCUGGAAGCCGCCUCUGGCUGUGGCCAGGCAGGUGUCCCCUCUCUGACAGCUCCUGUGCUGGAGAGUGACUGGCAGGACUGAGACCGGCAGCCUCCCUGCUGCGAAUCCGUUCCGUCCUGGGGGGCAGAGCGGAGAGGCGGGGAGCGUUGACGGGAAGGAGCAGGGGGAGUGCGAAGCCUUGGUGCUGAGUGAGCUGCAGCUGAGGCCACGGGCUGGAGCGCCAUCUGGCCCUGCGGAGCGGCGAGGGCAGCGGGGCGGGCGUCACACCGGCCUCGACCUCCACCCCCUGCACGGAUGGGUCCCCCAGGCCCCUUCCCUCCUCUCGUACUUCCUCUCCCGUGUUAUCCCCUAUCAGAGCACUGAUUUCUUCAACAACUACUACUUGAUGGUCUACCAGACACAAAGAAACAAGGCAGGUGCUAAUUAAUAACAAUACGA